UCAAGGCUUGACAGGCUCAACACGCUUCUGUUUAAGCUUACUCUUUGGGGUUGCAGCAGGUUUUGCUCUGACCAGGCCCGAUGGCGGCUGUCUUUGAAGAGCACGGUCCUGCUUAUGUCAGUCUGGGCAACGUGUCGCCACCACUGCCCAAAUCGUGGCCCCAGACGUGGGGUGAGGCAGCGACGGAUUCGUUGAAUUCCUUGGUUUUUCCUGGCCUGGAUUUCUCAGGUUUGGUCUUUGGGCAGCCACCCUUCUCGGAUUUGAAAUUGGAUGAUUCCACGUCCUUCCCCGUGGAUUUUUGGACGCCCAACUCCUUGAGUGUGGGUCUACCCACAUCAGCUUUCAAGGAGGCGCAGAAGCUUCAGUUCAUGCAGGAUGAUGCUUUGUCGAGCGAGAAAGAGACCAGCAAGGAUCUCUUGAAGAGGCAGCUUCAAAAGACGCAGCUCUGCAUGUUCUGGAAGAGGAAUUGUUGCGCCAAGGGCUCGGACUGCACCUUCGCGCACAGCGUGGAGGAGCUCAAAGAGCUGCCUGAUUUGAGGAGGACAUCUUUGUGCAAGCAGUGGCUUAAAGGCCGGUGCCCUCUUUCAGCUUCCACCUGUCGGUGCUUCCCCGACGAACGGGCACAGGGAAAAGACGAUUGAACGAAAAACGGAUAGCAAUGGCCAUCGACAAGUGAAUUGCUAUGGCCAUGGAUAGCUACCAGUGCUACCAGGAGCAAGGACGCUACUAGGGGCUCCUGGCCGUACUAUUAGGAGCAGGUAGCUACUAGUAACAAAAGCUACUUGGGGCUCCUGGCAUCGCUACUAUAGGAGCGUUCGGACGCUAAGCCUAUUCUCUUCCAAGUUCACCGAACCUGCGCGUGUCGAAGAGCGGAGCCGCCUCGCGCGGCUCGCUCGCGUUUCGCUCACGACACAGGUAUGCCCACGGAGACCUGGCCGCAUCCGGGAUGGGGUGGAACGACGCUCGAUCUAAUCGCAAGCAGGUUGGUGGUUACAGGUCAGGUUGAUGUACCAGAUCAGUGAGUUGAUCCCGAGUCGAACUCUGAGGGGUGUGGGUCGCGGAACCCGCUCGUGCUCUUCAGCUGAUCUGCUGGUG